GGUAACAUGGCUCAAAAAGGGGAAAGAUAAGCAGGGGUUGGUGCAUCGGAGGGAGGCUUCCUGGAAGAAGGGCAGAGGCUUGUCUGUGAUGCUCGCCUGUAUUCCUAACUCUUGGCAAUGCCUGCCUUAGAACAGGCACUUCAUAAAUGGGGUUGUGUUAAAGAAAUGUUUGUGUUGUGUCUUAAGAGUAGCUUUGAAGGCUGGUUAAAAUUUGAGUGGGAAAAUGGGAGGGUAUGCUAAGCAAGGGAAGAAACAAAGGUAAAGUCAAAUGAGCACAGGAUGCAUUUGGGGAGAGAGGAUACUGACAUACGGAUGGAUGGUGGUUUACCUCUGUGUUGUUCGUAGGAGUGCUUGGAAAACAAUGCGUGUAAGUCUUUGACACCAUGAUAUCCAUCAGGCAAAGAAAAGGAAUAAAAACCACAGAAGUUUCCGAGGAUUAUGCGGUACAAGAAGAAAAUGUGAAGUUGGAAAAUAAAUUGCCAUCUAGUAGGUUGUACCAGUGGAAGAUUAUGGAAGAUUCUGUCUUUUACAGUUGGUGGAACUGUUGCACUUUGCAUUGGACUUCUUACAUCUGUCUACCUGGCCACUUUACAUGAGAAUGAUUUAUGGUUUUCUAAUAUUAAGGAAGUGGAGCGAGAAAUCUCCUUCAGAACAGAAUGUGGACUGUAUUACUCCUACUACAAACAGAUGCUGCAGGCGCCCACCCUCAUGCAAGGUUUUCGUGGCUUAAUAUACGAUAACAAAACCGAAUCUAUGAGGACAAUUAACCUGCUUCAACGAAUGAAUAUUUACCAAGAGGUUUUUCUCAGUAUUUUAUAUAGAGUUCUACCCAUACAGAAAUAUUUAGAGCCAGUUUAUUUUUAUAUUUACACCUUAUUUGGACUCCAGGCAAUUUAUGUCACAGCUCUUUACGUAACCAGCUGGCUCCUCAGUGGUACAUGGCUGUCAGGGCUGCUGGCAGCUUUCUGGUAUGUCACAAAUAGAAUAGAUACUACAAGGGUUGAGUUUACCAUCCCAUUGAGAGAGAAUUGGGCGCUGCCAUUCUUUGCAAUUCAGAUAGCAGCAAUUACGUAUUUUCUGAGACCAAACUUACAGCCUCUUUCUCAAAGGCUGACACUUCUUGCCAUUUUCAUAUCAACUUUUCUCUUUAGUCUGACAUGGCAAUUUAAUCAAUUUAUGAUGCUGAUGCAAGCAUUAGUGCUGUUCAUUCUGGACUCCUUGGACAUGCUGCCAGCAGUGAAGGUGACAUGGCUGUAUGGUAUACAACUCACAGGUUUACUCCUGGUCUGCAUUCUUCAGUUUUUUAAUUCCAUGAUUCUUGGAUCAUUACUUAUCAGCUUUAACUUUUCAGUAUUAAUUGCAAGAAAACUUCAGAAAAAUCUGAAAACUGGAAGCUUCCUUAAUAGGCUUGGGAAACUGCUGUUACAUUUAUUUGUGGUUUUAUGUUUGACACUUUUUCUCAAUAACAUUAUUAAGAAAAUUCUUAACCUCAAGUCAGACGAACACAUAUUUAAAUUUCUGAAGGCAAAAUUUGGGUUUGGAGCAACAAGAGAUUUUGAUGCAAACCUGUAUCUGUGUGAAGAAGCAUUUGGCCUUCUGCCUUUUAAUACAUUUGAAAGGCUUUCAGAUACUCUGCUUUUUUAUGCUUACAUAUUUGUUCUGUCCAUCACAGUGAUUGCAGCAUUAGCUGUUGCCUUCCAUAAUCUCAGUGAUUCUACAAAUCAGCAAUCCAUGGGUAAAGUGGGAAAGUACACGAUCGGCCUGAAACCAGAAACUGCCUACAACUUAAUACACACCAUUCUGUUUGGAUUCUUGGCACUGAGUACAAUGAGAAUGAAGUACCUCUGGACAUCACACAUGUGUGUGUUUGCAUCAUUUGGCUUAUGCAGCCCUGAAAUAUGGGAGUUACUUCUGAAGCUGAUCCAUCUUUAUAACCCAAAGAGGAUAUGUAUAAUGCGAUACUCAAUACCAAUAUUAAUACUGCUGUAUCUGUGCUGUAAGUUCUGGCCAGGAAUGAUGGAGGAACUCUCCGAGUUGAGAGAAUUCUAUGACCCAGAUACAGUGGAGCUGAUGAACUGGAUUAACUCUAACACUCCGAGAAAGGCUGUGUUUGCUGGAAGCAUGCAGUUGCUCGCUGGCGUCAAGCUGUGCACGGGAAGGACCUUAACCAACCACCCGCACUACGAGGACAACAGCCUGAGAGAGCGAACCAAGGCGGUUUAUCAGAUAUAUGCAAAGAGGUCUCCCGAGGACGUGCACGCCCUGCUCAGGUCCUUCGGCGCGGACUACGUGAUCCUGGAGGACAGCAUCUGCUACGAGCGCCGGCACCGCCGGGGCUGCCGGCUGCGCGACCUGCUGGACGUCGCCAACGGCCACAUGAUGGAUGGCCCAGGAGAGAAUGAUCCUGAUUUGAAGCUUGCAGGCCACCCUCGCUUCUGUGAAGAGAUCAAAAGAAACCUGCCUCCCUACACAGCGUACUUCACUAGAGUGUUUCAGAACAAAACAUUCCAUGUUUACAAGCUGUCCAGAAGCAAGUAACAGAGCUUUCUAUUCAAUCUCUAUUUUUGAUACGUGAAACGCCACCGUAAGGAAAGUCUGUAACUAGAUAGAUAAUGUUUCCUAUGUCAUUAGGUAGCCCGUACCUUAAAGCUGUGAUAUGAUUAAGUCUACAAAUGUUUACACUAGCGUUACCAUCUUUGAGAGUACCUUAUACAAGCUUCAGGUCUUUUUAGUCAUUUCAUUAAUGUUCUUUAGCCUAAAUGUCUUCAGCUUUCUAAAGGUGAUGUUGAAUUUUGUUGUUGGAGAGAACAAAGUGUUCCAUGGGUAGCCUGGACAGCUGCGUAUCAUGUUGGAAACCCAGAGUCUGUUCAGGAUUUAAAAUACUUCUGAUUUUUAACUGACUUAAGACAGCUACUGUUGAAUCAAAUUGAGGGGAUGCAUAAUUAAAUUAUUUAAUAUUAUUCCACUCGUGAAGAUCACUUGGUGGCUUUUUAAAAAGCUCAUUGCCCGUUUCACCUUUUAAAUUUUAUAAUGUUUUCCAAUUGUCAUGCUUUAAUAUUUUUUAAAAAAUCAUGUUAGGUCUUUGUAUGUAUCUAAAGUUUUUUGUUGUGUUCUGUCUGAAAUGUAAUGUGUGGCACUUCGGUAGUGUAUGUGUGUGUGUGUAUGUGUGCGUGUGCACGUGCAUGUGCAUGCCUGUUUUAAUGCUGGACACAGAAAAGUGUUACAAGUUCUGUAUGGUGAGUCCUUAAAGGAGCAGAAAUGUUAUGUAGCCGAGUAGAAUUUGUUACUGUUUAGUGUUAUUAUUAUUUUAAAACCUAUUGAUACUAUUUAAACUGUCCUGCAAGUAAGAAAAUUUUUCUUGAUUUCUUACUCAUUCAGAUUCACUGGGUUUGCAAAAUUUUGUAAACUUUUUGUUUUUAGCCUUUGUAUUUUUUACAGCCUAGAGCCUUGCAAAGUCUUAAUAUUUUUUAAAUGUUGUAUCUUAACUAACUCACUAAUCUGAUAUUUUUGGCAGAGAGCAUUUUCAUACCAAGUUUGCUUUGUGGUCUCCAAUCUUACCGUGAGGGCCCUGGUUAGGUUAUUCUUUUUCUUACUCAAAGGUAACCAAGUGCCUCUAAGUCAUGCUUAUUUGUAAACAAUGAAGAGGAUUAUGUGUACCUUGUACUUGGUCAAAACUUUUUUUAUAAUUGCUUUUAUAAUUAAUUUCUAAUAAUGGGGACAUGUAAAAGUUGCUGAUAAAAGCAUACUUUGUAUUUAAUUUAAUCACGAUGCUAAUGAAAUUAACUUUCACCUCUGUUCUUGCCAGUUGAAAAUGAUUUAAAUGUUUCUCCUUGCGGUUGUGUUGAAGCAAAUUACUGUAGGCAUGAAGAUGGCUACGUCACAUGUUCAAAUGAUUUUAUAUUCAGCUACUACUUAUUAAGCAGUAUUCAGAAAGAAAUUUUAUACUGUCAUGUUGGACUCAAGGAUAACUUGGCUUUUAUCAAAACUUAUUUAAAUAAAAAAUUGACAGUAGCUGGGUUAUUAAAUUAUGCAACUGAAACUCCUGAAUUAUAUCAUCUUUCUUGUAUCCCUUAAUAAGGUUGGAGACCACUGCAGUUUAGGAUAAUACAAUAAUAAAACAUUUUAAUCAGUACUAAAACUUUAAUUAAGCCAGUAAUGAUGCAUGCCUGUUGUAGCUGACAGCACGGGUCAGUCCAUCCUUCGGUGAGUGCCUUACUCUUAAUUGAAACCAAGCACAUGUAAGGUACAACAUGUUAGACUAUCUAGUUAUGUUUUUAAAACCCUACCUUGGCAGAUGUAUUUCAAUUUAUUUUAAAUAUUCCUAUAUGUAUUAAUCUAA